AUUCAUUCAGAUCUAGGAUGUGUUAUUUUAGUGUUCCCUUUAUUUUUUUGAGCAGUGUAUAUAUGUUUAUGUUCAAUGGCCCAUGAGCACCGAUGCGUUUUAUCCAUUAUUUCUAUUCACAUGACAAGGAGUGAAAAGGAUUUUCCAGUAGAUUGUCGACUUGAUUCAUGAUGAUGACUACUAGCUUGCUAGUUAAGAUUUUGAAAGUGUAAUGUUGACAUGAUCAGUCCAAUCAAAGCUAAGGUAAAUGACCUUGAGCCUUCUUGGAUGGGCACUUCUAAUGUAACUAUUGCAGCACCCAAGGGGCUUGAAUUUUCAAGCUCUACCUGUUAAUUUUGCGGCGAUGUAGUGUCCCUAUGAGUGACAGAACACUGAGCCAAUCACGGCGCAACUAGAGAACUUUACCAACCCUUACGCUCCGUAUUUUCCCGUUGGCUGCCUCACCACCACAGCAAGCACUGAGCUAGGCUGAAACCAUGUUCAGGUUUUAUUCUAAUGCAGGCGUCAUAACCAGCCAUACAAUUACGCAAUAUAUGUCACAACAGCUGUAAAAAUGUGGGUCAUGACAGUGUUAUGACCAUAUUAUAACAGAUUAUGUCAGCUGUUAAGACAUAUUAUGGCAUGGUUAUGACCGUGUCAUAACGUGUAAUGACGCUGGGUAUCAAGUAAAGUGUUACCAAUUAUUUUCCUUAUUUCUUUUAAAUUAUGUCUUGGGAACAAUUGAACAGACACACACUUCAGUAUUUCCGUGAUAAGUGUAUAAACAUGGAUUGUGCAAUUCAGCAAACUUUUUCCCAUGGUCAGUACAACACAAAGGCCACAGGGUGUGAUACCUAAAGGAAGUUCAAUGAACGUUUUGGAUGAUAGAAAUAUCAUAGAUAUUUAUAUAUCAUUGAUAUUUCCUAUUCCUGUUUAAACUUAUUAACAAUGGAACGUUUCCAAUAAUAGAUUUUUAUCACUUGUUAUCUGCUCAGGAAAGUCAUUCCCAUUAAAUACUGACACUUGAAUAGUGUCCAUGUCCACGUAUAGUAAAAGAGCCUGGUCAUGCGGGAAAUUAGUGGUAGUACUACCAGAGUAGUGAAUUGUCACAAACGUAGACAGAGGUCGUGUCUGAAUAGCCAUACUAGCAUACUACAUACUUAAACUGCACACUAAUUUCAGGGUUUGAUCUACUAAAAUUCACUAAUCUUUUCCGACUCACGUGUUUUUACAACAGCUGAUAAUAAGAUAAAUUGACCGGCUGUACAAAAAUGAACGAAUGGCGGAAAUCAACGCAAUUGCCCAUUUAUAUAACGCAUGUCACAUACUAUACAUUUUUAUUUUUUGCAAACUAUUUAGAAGCUAGUAUGAGUAUUCAAACACAACCAGUUAUAGAUAUGUACAUAUAUAGCACGUCCUUCAAAUCACAUAGUGCAUGUCCAAAAGCUAAUAUGUGCUCAUCAUAGCCUAUCAUGCUGUGCAAUGCCAAUGUUGUAUCAUUUGCUUAAUGUAACAUUUUGCCUAGGUUAUUGUAUACUGAAGGGGUUCCCUCUGAUUUAUUUCAUCAUCUCCCUUUAAAUAAGGUGCACUGUCUCUUUAAAUCUAGACUAGCGGAGUGCGUUUUCCCUUCAUUGCCAAAAGUUAUUGGGUAUGGUUCUGGACGCCUCCAUGACUGCACGCAACCCGCAACAGCUGGUUGCAUUUAGGGGGUUUCAUUUAAAACGUAUAUUUGAUAUUAUUCUGAUGCUGGAUUUAUUCGAACAAUGCAGACCCAAAGUUAUGGAGUUAAACAAACUAUUUUGAUAGAGAAGUUACGCUUCCCGUACCGUCUUGGAAACUCUAAUCUGGAUUGGUUUGCGUAAAAAUCGAAACGUCUUCUAUCCCCGUUAUUCUGUCAACAUCUGGAUUAACCAUUCGAUGACAAAUAUUAUUUUAGAAUUUCCUUAGUUCUGUGUGAUCAUUUCCUUUUUCAUAUAUGAUAGUGUGUGGACGCUUAUCCUGGAUUUGUGCUUUUUUGGAUACCAAUGAGUUCUGCAUGUAGAUUAUGCAUUCUUUAGGAUGGGUGCGAACAAUGGGAAACAGUAUGGAAGUGAGGGUAAAGGUAGCUCCAGCAUCUCCUCUGACAUUAGUUCGAGUACAGAUCACACACCGACCAAAGCUCCAAAGAAUGUGGCUACCACCGAAGACUCAGACCGCAGCACACGGACAUUGAGCACCCCCAGCCCUGGCCUCAUCCUGCCCACAAAGUCCCCUUCCCUCUCCUCCCCAGCCCUAUCCAUCAAUGGCCAUGAGUCCACCUCCCCCUCUGGCUCUGCAGAGACCGUCGCCAUGGUACACCCCCAGCCAGGCACCCAGACCCGCUCCCGCCAAUCUAAAGGUCAACACUACUCCCCCAUCGACCUCCUCCCUGAUCAUGCUCUUCUGCAGAUCUUCUCUCACCUUCCCACCAAUCAGCUGUGCUGCUGUGCACGGGUGUGCCGGCGCUGGUACAACCUGGCAUGGGACCCGCGCCUGUGGAGCACCGUGCGUCUGACAGGCGAGCUGCUCCAUGCCGACCGUGCCCUGAGGGUGCUGACCCACCGGCUGUGUCAGGACACCCCCAACGUGUGUCUGACCCUGGAGACAGUAGUGGCCAGCGGCUGCCGGAGGCUCACUGACCGGGGGCUGCAUGCAGUGGCUCAGUGUUGCCCGGAGCUGCGCCGCCUAGAGGUGACCGGCUGCUACAACAUCUCCAAUGAGGCCGUGUUCGAGGUGGUUUCCUGUUGCCCCAACCUGGAGCACCUCAAUGUCUCAGGCUGUUCCAAGGUGACCUGCAUCAGCCUCACCCAGGAGGCUUCAGUCCAGCUCUCUCCACUGCAUGGCCAGCAGAUCUCCAUCCACUACCUGGACAUGUCUGACUGUUUUUCCCUGGAGGACCAGGGCCUCCGCACCAUUGCCUCCCACUGCCCCCGCCUCACACACCUCUACCUACGGCGCUGCACGCGCCUCACUGACGAAGCCCUGCGCCACCUGGCUCUGCACUGCCCCUCUGUCAGGGAGCUCAGCCUCAGUGACUGCCGCCUGGUGGGGGAUUUCGGGCUGCGCGAGGUGGCCCGCCUGGAGGGCUGCCUUCGCUACCUGAGUGUGGCCCACUGCGGCCGCAUCACAGACGUUGGGGUGCGCUACGUGGCUCGCUACUGCCCGCGGCUCCGGUACCUGAAUGCGCGGGGCUGCGAGGGCCUCACGGACCACGGCCUGGGACACUUGGCCAGGAGCUGCCCCAAACUCAAGUCCCUGGAUGUAGGCAAGUGCCCGUUGGUGUCAGACAGCGGGCUGGAGCAGCUGGCACUGUAUUGCCAGGGCCUGAGGAGGCUGAGCCUGAGGGCGUGCGAGAGCGUGACGGGUCGAGGGCUACGGGCCAUAGCCGCGAACUGCUGCGACCUGCAGCUGCUCAACGUACAGGACUGCGAGGUGUCGCCGGAGGCACUGCGAUUCGUUAGGCGCCACUGCAGACGCUGCGUCAUAGAGCACACGAACCCCGGGUUCUUCUGAGAGAGGGAUCACUGGAUUCACCUUCUGACAAAUGGAUAUGUUUCAAUUCCUGCUCUGGGGUUGACCAAGAAGAGGGCUGAGUUGUCAGGACUAGUUGGAAAGGGUGUGCAAUAUCCACUUGUGUCUUUUUUUAAGGUUAUUUGCAUGGUUAAUAAUGCUGUUCUUUGCGUACACUCACAUGGAAUGUAUUUAACAUAUUUAUCUGUAUAAAGGGAGGCAAAUGUUUCAAUGUAUUAGACCUUGUUUGGUAUUCCUCUCACAUGACACAUUUCAGAUGUGACGUUUGCUAUGCAAUAACAUUGAGCACUGGGUACAGAUUCAUUUCGAAUGCCUUCUCUUUACCUUUGUCCAUCUUUUGUGCUUCAUUUCAUCAACAUAAAGGAGACAGAUAUUCACCAUUACAUUGUACACAUUCCUUUUUGCGCAGGAAGUUAUUCCACACCAAACCACUAUGAAUGUAUCACUAGUAAGCUAACCCAAUAACCAGCAUAUCUGGUGACUUCUUAACCCUGUGUUCAAAUCCAGUAGGAAGAAAGGUGUAUCUUUGUCAGUCUUAAGUGCUUAUAAUGUUUCUUUUUUUUGUAUUUUGUGUGCAUAUGUACUUUAUCAAAUCUAAUAGACAAUCACUUCAAUUGAGCUCAAUGGUGUCAUGCGUCUUGACUAUUUUAUCUUGCAAAGUACAGUGUAUAGAAUUAAUGUAUGGACUCAAUGUAUGGACUCAGUGUACAACUACGUUUUUACCACCAAAUAGAAAACACAAUGAUUGAUGUUCUUUUGACCAGGAACACGUUGCUGCUACAAUUAUUCUAAUAAACAGCUUUGUAAUAAACAAUU